AGGAGGGUGGGCUUCACUCCUCCCUGCCCCCCAUCGCCUCCUCGCCCCGCCGCUGCAGGAGGAGUACCUGGCGCACAUGGACGAGAUCCGCAGGGUCACGCCCCCCGGACGGCUGCUGGAGUUCGAGGUCGGGCGGCACGGCUUCGCCGAGCUGGAGGAGUUCCUGGGCCUGCCGCCACGGCUCGGCGGGGCGCCGUUCCCCCACGUGCGGUCGAACAGGAGCUGGACGAACGACGCGAUUCAGAUCCAGCAGCCCGUCGUAGGCCGCACGGCGCUGGUGCUCCUCCUGGCCCUGCACGCCUUCCACUGCCUGGCCGUGGGCGCCCUGCUGCGGUGCGGCCACGCCUGCGGCCGAGGGCUCUGGGACUGGCUCGGCGGGUUCGACUGACCCUACGCGCCGCUUUCAGACAGAGAACAAG